GGUCGGCUGCGAUGGGCACUUGGAGAAACAUCAACACCAUCUCUGGCUUCGAGGGUAGACUUUUCCUGGGAACUCUUGAUGCAGCCAUCUCACCCCGAACCCUGUCGGACCGGCGCAUCACCCAUAUAGUGUCCCUUGGCACUGAUCCAAUCCCAGCCGAUAACCCUGCGUCUGGUUUUCACCAUCUGCGCAUUCCUGUGGAAGAUGUCAAUCAUGCCGAUCUUUUGAUACAUUUGCCUGAGGCGUGCCAAUUUAUCCACGAGGCGCUGAAUAGCAACGGCAUUGUACUGGUUCACUGCGUGCAAGGGCUUUCUCGCAGUGCUGCUGUUGUUGCCGCAUACUUGAUGUACGCGAAAAGAAUAAAAGCAGUUGAUGCCAUUGAGGAAGUGCGAAGGAGUCGCGAGCAAAUAUGGAUAAAUCCGGGGUUUCAUGAACAACUAGUUCUUUUCGAGCUCUGCCGAUAUGCACCAUCAGAUAAGGAGGGUAUUUACGUGAGCUGGCGUCGGCGGAUCGAGCGCGGGCUCAAAGAGCAAGGUUCAGAUUAAGAUUAGCUUUCCAUCAGGACUACAUCCUUGGUCGAUGAACUGUUCCCUUAGUCCUCUCAGCCAACCACGAUUAUUUCCCAUCCCCCGCUUCCGCCAUGUAACGAGUAGUCUAGA